CCCAUGCUCCCCAAGCCGCACCCUGCCUCAGCAAUCAUUAAUCACCGGCCGAGAGGGAGCGGGCAGGAAAGGGCCGGGUCUCGCAGCCCCCACGGGAGCGGCGGCAAGCAGCGCUGACCGCUUCCCCGGGGUGGCAGCUCAUUCUCCGACCACCCUCCCCUGGGAGGCCCUGUGGAGGUGGCCAGUCCUGCACGCACUGCACUGCCCUUUUCUUCGGGAAGGUCACUCAGUCCUGGGAGCUGCUGGGCGACGCCUGAGGUGGGGGCUCUGAACCCCAAGAGUUCCUGCCUGGCUGUACUGCAGCCUUCAUCCUGCGCCAUGCAGCACAAGGCACUUUGGAGUGCCCUGGAGUACACCUGCCGAUUGCUGGGUAUCUCCACCGCAGCAGUGCUGAUCGGUGUGGGCGUAGAAACUCUGCAGAGAGGACAGUUUAAAAGCCUGGCUUUCUAUCUGCUUUUUUCAGGGGUUGCAGUUGCUGUCUGUGAAGGCUUCUUCUUUAUCAGUUUGUUCCUGGAGAUGUGCUUCACUCACAAGCCUGAAUUCCUGGCACAGGCCUUCUGGAAGCGAGCUAGAUGCCCAGGGAGCUUCCAGAAAUUCCUGGGGUACACGCUGCUCUCAGUGGCUUGCUUCCUGCAUCCUGUCCUCGUCUGGCACGUCACCAUCCCUGGAUCCAUGUUGGUGCUCACUGCCCUGGCCUACUUCCUGCUGAGCAAGAGGAGGAAGAGCCCAGGCCACAAAGACACACAUCCCCAGGCGGGUCAGUACGUGGACCCUUCAGCCACUGAGGCAGCCCCAACCGUCAUUGGUGACACUGAGCAGACCUACACCUUCCACGGGGCCCAGAGGGAGCAGCACCGCUCGCUUCUGGGCCAUAUGAAGAGCAUCCUGAAGGGCAGCAAGGACAGCAGCUCAGCCCCAGAAACUCCUGUCCAGCCAGCAGCUGUGCCAGUGCCUCGCAAGCAAGUGCACUUUCAGGAGAAGGUGGUGCAGAUCAUCCCCUCUGUCAGCGAGGACGUGGAGGAUGUGGAGAGUGAGGCUGAGGAGAGCACAUCAGACACAACUCCCAUCCUCACCCCACCUGAUGCCCCCAUCAUCAUGGCCCCUCUCAGCUCUGCCGGCCUCUUUUGAGCCCUCAGCAGGACUGAGGACAGGACAGACCUGCUACCCUGGAGCAGAUGCUCCAGCAGCCGAAGGGCCCAAGGAGGUGGUCCUUUUUGCCUUCCAUACUUUCGGGGUGACAGCAGUGCCACCACCUCUUCAAGGGCUGCCUGCACUCCCUGGUCCCCCGCAUUGUGGCAGCCAGAGGGCAGGUGGGGUUCAGCCGGGGUAGUGCCAGCACAGCAAGGUUUCGGCUCCCAUGGCCUCACCCGCGUCACCCCCAGUGCAGCUCUGCACACCGCUGCCAUGCUCCUCCUGGCAUCACAGCCACAGUGUGUGCCUCCCUGCUGGCAGACUCAGGCAGCAGGAGGGGAGACCUCUGUGCCCUGGAGCAGCCUCUGCUGGGGCACUUUUGUCCCUCUGGCCUCACUGCACAUGGCAGAGCUCAGGGCUGGGCUGAAUUCAGCACAGGCACUGCAGCCUGCAGGUUCCCUCUCAGCACCUGCGCCCGCUGCAGCAGCUUGAGACAUGCAAAACAUAUUUCUGAGGUGGGCUGAGACCAAGCACACCCCUGGCAUUAGCACCUGUUUAGUACCUCCCCAGGCACUCUGAGGCCAGCAGGGAAGUCAUCUCUGGCCUUGGAGACAUCUCAGCAGGACCAGAGGCCUUCCAGGUGUCCCCUGCUUGGAUGGCCCCCUUCAAUUAGAAGAUGAUAUGGCAGCCUGCAUCCUGAGGUUCAGCACCAUGCUGGCACAGCGGACUGUGUGUAACUCCAAUGUGUGUAAUUAUGGCCCCCAGAGGGCAAAGGCAAUAAUAAAAUUACCAUACUGUCCCACCAGUUUCUUCCAUGCCAGGUCUUCCCUGAAACCCUUAACUCUGCCUUAAUCCUGGCAUAAUUUCUGCCUUUUGAGGACCAUUCAGUCACAAUCAAGCAUUUCCCUCCUACUGAACUCCCACCUGAGGGCAUAUGGGAAGAGCUCAGGUGGUUGGGUUCCCUUGGACAUGGGACAAGAAGCCAUACUGUCACUGCUGUUGGGAUGAAAAUCUGUAAAUGCUCUGAGCCCAGACACAUAGCACUGGGGGAAAGUGAUGGAAAUUAGAGAAAGUUCCUGGGACCUGCUAGACUAUUUAUAAGGUAGAAGCCAGCUAACUGGCUGUUUUUCUUGUAAAUACAUUUUUUCUUCUAUUUAAGAUCUCAGCUCUCCAAGAGGCAGUCACCAUGUUCAUUUAGGAGAGUAAGUCAAAGUGUAAUCAGAAGGCAAUUGAGAUGAGAAACCAGUGCUACUUUUUAAUAAA